AUGAACGCUGCUGUCGCUCUUCGCAAGGCUGCUCUUGCAACAUCCAAGUCUGGAUCUUUUGUAACAAUUGCCAAGAGAACUAAAGUUACCUUGCCUGAUCUUGACUGGGAUUACCAUGCUCUAGAACCUCAUAUCUCCGGUCAGAUCAAUGAAAUUCACCACCAAAAACACCACCAAACCUAUGCUACUGGUUUGAACACUGCUAUUGACCAAUUCAGUGAACUUUCUGUUAAAGUUGGAUCAGAUGCAAACGCUGCUAGGCAAUUGCACGCUUUGCAACAAAACAUUAAAUUUCACAGCGGAGGAUUCCAAAACCACUGCUUGUUCUGGAAGAACUUGGCCCCUACCUCUCAGGGUGGUGGUGAACCACCAACUGGUGCUCUAGCAACCCAAAUCAACUCUCAAUAUGGCUCUUUAGACAAAUUGGUGGGAUUGACAAACAACAAGUUGGCAGGUAUCCAAGGUUCUGGCUGGGUGUUCCUAGUUAAGAACAGCGAAAAUGGCCAACUGGAUGUUGUCCAAACUGCUAACCAAGAUACCGUUACUGGUAAUUUGAUUCCUUUACUUGCUAUUGAUGCUUGGGAACAUGCUUACUACUUGCAAUAUCAGAACAAGAAGGUCGAUUACUUCAAGGCUAUAUGGAACGUGAUCAACUGGAAAGAAGCUGCACGCCGUUUCGAAGCCGCUAAAUAG